AUUGUCUACGUCAAUGUCUAUGUCUAUGCCAACGUCAAUUUCAAGCCCUUUCCGCGACCUCGUGUACCAGUACCUCUGUUUAAUGAACGCAGUAACUUAAACCACCGCUUGGUGUCUCCGCAAACUAAACAGAACCCGGAUGUGGGCUGGAGGAGCGCUCAAGACUGCCAAUGUUAGCAUCACUGUGCGUGUGUGGGAUGCUGACAGCUGUGCAAGCCCCAACACAAGCUUAUCUUUCACGAACACAUGGUACACGACAAGUAAACAGCUGACACGCCGGCUAACAACUUGCUGUUUGAGUAGCAUACUUCGACGGUUUCCAGGUACCUUCACUCAAUAUGGAAGCGUUACUUGACUUCUCGGAGUGCGUCGCGGAUUCUCCAGAAUUCAGGCUGAACCUGGAUAAGUUUGAGGAGGAUGUUUUUCUGCUACAGACACAGCUGGACAAGGUUACAAGGCUGUGCGGAAAAAUGGUGGAGGCGGGACAAGCAUACAAUGCAGCCAAUCAACUGUUUCUCACUGGCCUAUCCGAGCUGUUUUCACGUCACAAGGAGGAUGGCGUCAUAGCAAACUGCCUCACCCAAUUCGAGCAAGGCCUGCAGGAGCUGCUCACGUUUCACACUAUGUUAUUGGACCAGAGCCAGCGAGCUAUCAGUCAUCAGCUCAGUAAUCUGUGCGAGCAGUUCCUUCCUCAGCUGUCAGAGACCCGUGUGGAGUUUCUGCGUAUCGGUGACAAUCUGGACACAGCGGCUGCCAAGAAUGCUCAGGUGUCUCGACACAAGACCGCAGAGGCCGAGAGAGCAAGUCACUUGCUCACAGCUACCCGUAAAUGCUAUCAGCAUUUUGCCCUGGAUUAUUGUCUGCAGCUGAACAUGUUCAAGACUCAGCAAAAGACGGACAUCUUGAACUCUGUGUUCUCCUUGGUCAACGCUCAGCUGACAUUUUUCCAUCAAGGAUUUGACCUACUCAGGGACCUCGAUCCCGCCAUGAAAGUUAUGGCAGUGCAGUUGUGCGAGCGGUCGGCUGAGUGUGCGAGCACACGGAAAAAUCUGGAGAAUGCUCACCUGCUGGUCCAACAAAGAGAUGCCUCAGGAGAGACGCUGGUCCAGUCGUGUCACGGGAACAAUGACGUCAUUCAAGGUUACCUUUUCAAACGCUCCCGAAGGAAGUUGAAAACCUGGAAGAGGUGCUGGUUCGCUAUUCGAGACAACCAACUCAUCUACAGGAAGUCACACAAAGAGGCAUCCAUGCUCCUGUUCGAGGACCUCCGACUGUGUGCCGUCAAGUCUUUGGAUGACAUGGACCGUCGGUUCUGCUUCCAACUGAUCUCUGUGCACAAGUGUUGCGUCCUCCAGGCGGACUCUGAGCACGUCCGUUUGGCAUGGAUGGGCGCCUUGCAGGGCAGCAUCGACAUGGCGUAUCGAGAGCGAGGCCAAGCUGCACCGACCCAGCCUCAGGAGCCCCCUCCACCUAAGGGUGGUGACGACAACACCGCAACCAAUCAGGGGAAAGCGGUUCUGGCUGUGGCUUUGCAGGGUAGUGGCAAUCAACGAUGCUGCGACUGCGGUGAGGAGGAGCCGAGAUGGGCCGUCGUCAACUUGGGUGUCACCGUGUGCAUACAGUGCUCAGGGAUACACCGGAGUUUGGGCGUCCACGUGUCAAAGGUGCGCUCGCUAACGCUGGACUCAUGGGAAGCGGAGCAGCUUAAGCUGCUGUGUGUCCUGGGAAAUGACACCAUUAACAACAUCUACGAGGCGCAGUGUUCGCAAAGAGCCAAACCCACCAAUGAGAGCUCGCGUGCUGAGAAGGAAGCAUGGAUACGAGACAAGUAUGUGGAGAAGACUUUUGUGAGGAUGAACGGUGACAAUGAUGGGACAAACUGUUUCGAGGCCUCGCAGCUGUCGUGUCUCUACCGAGCUGCUGUGGCUGGAGACCUGGUCGCCAUGGUGAGGGCGCUGGCCCACGGGGCGCCGGUCAACGGGAACGUGGCCCAGGAGGAAGGACGUACACCUCUCAUUGGGGCUGCACAAGGGGGGUCGUUGUUGGCUUGUGAGUUCCUGUUGCUGAACGGCGCCAACAUCAACCACAGAGACCGAAGAGGACAAGGAGCUCUACAUGCAGCAGCCACCGCAGGACACACUGGGCAAGUGUGUCUACUGCUUAAGCGGGGAGCCAAUCAGUACGCGGUGGACGAGAGCGGACGCGACCCACUGGCUAUCGCCGUGGAGACAGCGCACGCAGACAUAGUCACGCUGCUGCGCAUGGCCAGGAUGAACGAAGAGAUGCGAGAUUCUGAUGGAGUGUUCGGAGCAGCGGGUGAGUGCGCCAGAUAUUUUGAACGUUGCGUUUUGAUGUUAGUUCAGCGGCAUCCGUGCGGUCCUUCCAGGAGACGACCAAACAUUUCAGGACAUUUUUCGGGACUUUAGCAAUAUGGCGUCGCACGACCCGGAGAAGCUGGCCAGACGAACUUUCAGCAGAGGAGACGACGGGUAGUGCGCUGCUUGGUAUGAAUUGCAGAUUCACUGCCAUUGUCAACUAUAGACGUCCCAAUGACUUGACGUCUUUGGUCGAUAAAGGAUAUGAGUUAAUGGUUUCCUGACUCAAGCACACUACAAAAUAUAAGUACAUAUAUAUACAUGUUGACUGUCCCAUUAAUCGAUUUUUGAAAAACUUGACCGACCUCAAUUCUAUUCAGUUUUGUUGAAGGAGGUCAAACGCCCUCCAAUUCUGGAAAGACCCACAUAACAGAAAUAAUCGUAUCCUAACUAUUCCACAAAGGAGCACAGUGGGUGCAGAAUUUCAUCCCAACUGAAAAAGAGGACAUUUUUCACUUAUUGUAUUUGGUGUGUUGCAAAUUUAAUCUGUUGAAACCUCAUUGGUUUGUGCUGGAUCUGUUGAAACAAAAGCCAGGUCCGCAGAUUGACCCUUUAGCACCCUUUUGCAGAAACCUGCUUUAACCCUUGAUUGGUCAAGUGAUUAUUUUUGGUCAUUUAAAACAAAAAACUUAACCUCAUAAAGACUUGACGUCCAUUUUGGGAAAAGUUAAUAUUCUGGCUAUGUUCACCCAAAAUGUGAUGGGUGUCGACAUACAGUGGUAUGAAAAAGUAUCUGUACCUUUUGGAAUUUCUCACAUUCCUUCAUAAACUCACCAUCAAAUGUGAGCUGAUCUUUGUCAAAAUCACACAGAUGAAAAAACAGUGGUUUAACUAAAACCACCCAAACAUUUAUAGGUUUUCAUAUGUUAAUAAGGAUAGUAAGCAAACAAUGACAGAAAGGGGAAAAAUAAUUAAGUGAACCAUCACAUUUAAUAUUUUGUGGCCCCAAUUUGGCAGCAAUAACUUCAACCAGACGCUUCCUGUAGCUGCAGAUCAGUCUAGCACAUCGAUCAGGACUAAUCUUGGCCCAUUCUUCUCUACGAAACUGCUGUAGUUCAGUCAGAUUCCUGCGAUAUCAUGAAUCGCUGUCUUUAGGUCAUGCCACAGCAUCUCAAUGGGGUUGAAGUCUGGCCACUCCAAAACUUGUAUUUUGUUCUUCUGAAACCACACUGAAGUUGAUUUAAGUCUGGGUUUUGGAUCAUUGUCUUGUUGCAGCAGCCAUCCUCUGUUUAACUUCAACUGUCUGACAGACAGCCUCAGGUUUUCCUGCAAAACUUUUUUUCAUUAAUGAUUGCAAGUUGUCCAGGCCCUGAGGUAGCAAAACAGCCCCAAAUAAUGAUGCUCCCUCCACCAUGCUUCACGGUGGAGUUGAGGUGUUGAUGUUGGUGAGCUGUUUAAUUUUAUUUUUCACACAUGACGUUGUGUGUUCCACCAAAACAAUUCAACUUUGAUUUCAUCAGUCCAAAAAAUAAUUUGCCAAAACUUCUUUGGCGUGUCCAAGGGCCUUUUUGUGAACAUUAAAUGAGCAACAAUGUUUUUUAGUCAAGUGGCUUCCUCUGUGGAGUCCCUCCAUGAACACCAUUCUUGGCCAUAGUUUUACAUAUAGUUGAUGUGUGCACAGAGAUAUUGGACUGUGUCAGUGAUUUCUGUAAGUCUUUAGCAACACUUUAGGGUUCUUUUUUACCUCUCUGAUUAUUCUGUGAUGAACUCUUGGCGUCAUCUUUGGUGGACAGCCACUCCUUGGGAGAGAAGCAACAGUGCCAAACUCUCAUUUGUAGACAACUUCUCUGACUGUCGAUUGAUGAACAUCCAGACUUUUAGAGAUAGUUUUGUAUCCUUUCCCAGCUUUAUAAAAAUCAACAAUUCUUGAUCACAGGUCUUCAGACAGCUCUUUUGAACGAGCCGUGAUGCACAUCAAACAAUGCUUCUCAUCAAGACAUUUCUUACCAGGUGUGUUUUAUAGUGGGCAGGGCAGCUUUAAACCACUCAUCAGUGAUUGGGCACACACCUGACUUAAAAUGUUUGGUAAAAAUUGGUUUCAAUUGCUCUUUAAGUCUCCUUAGGCAGGGGGUUCACUUAUUUUUCCCCCUUCUGUCAUUGUUUGCAUGCUAUCCUCAUUAAAAUAUGAAAACCUAUAAAUUUUUGGGUGGUUUUAGUUAAAGCAGACACUGUGUUUUCAUCGGUGUGAUUUUGAGAAAGAUCAGAUCACAUUUGAUGGUGCUUUUAUGCAGAAAUGUGAGAAAUUCCAAAAGGUUCAGAUACCUUUCAAUAUAACUGUAUGGGGACGCCAGGUCUCAAUAAUAAUUUUUUAAUACUAUUAUUAAGCUUUAAUUUUGUAAUAAAAUGAUACAUUAAUGUUAAAAACUACAUCUAAUUAAAAUGAAUAAAAACAAAUACUCUCAGGAAAUGGACCUCAAUACCACCUUAGAUGUAUUUUAAAAAAUUUAUUCCAUAGUAUUUAACUCGGGGGUCGGGAACGCACAGUCCCGAUGCAGUACUGAAAAGUCUUUUGUUUGGGAAAAAAAAAAAAAAGUACCAAACACGUUACAAUUCUGAAAUUUUUACAGUACUUCCUCUUCCACUUUUUCUGAGAGUGUUGCGGAGUAUAAAAUGUAUGUUAUGAUUAAAAAACAAGAGGCACUCAGGAAGUAGAAAAAUAAAAAGCCUUUAUUAAAUCAAGGCUUUGUUCUGAGUAUAAAUGUCGACAUUUUUCGGCAGUGUAGGCCUUCAUUAAGACAAGACGUUUGUAAACGUCUGAGUGCCUCGGUGUUUUGAAUCAUCACUUUUUUUAUCUCCACACUGAAGAGCACCAAACGUACACUUUCUACCCCGAGCAGCACUCAAUGCACCUCAUGUUGUAUUAAAAUGUGUUUUUGUUUUCUUUUGGCAAUGCCAUUGUAUUUCUGGAGGAUUAUUUUGUUACUUUUUAGCCCUUAAUAUUUUUUUGACCCCUCCCCCCAAAAAAACAAUCCUUUUCACCCGAUUCCGAUCCCCUGAAAAAUGACCCGAUUUGCCGAUUUACGAUCAUGUGACCGGAUCGGGGCCAUCCCUACUAGUGUCAGGCAGACACCGAUUAUGCCCAAAUUUGGUCAAUUUUAAUAUUUUUCAAAAUCCAAUGGGUCAGACCUCAUAUAUGUGUGUUAUUAUUACAAAUUGACCGAUCAAGUGUAUCCUCUCACGAGGAGAGGAUUGAUGAAAUGAUUCAUAAAUGUAUUCAUCCAUACGUCCUCUGAUGGCAAAUAUUGUAAUUGUUUAGAAGUUGACUUGUUUUAAGUUGUUACACUCAAACACUAAAGUGAAAACUUUUAAGUAAUUUGGGGGGGAAAAGUCACAAAGGGAACCAUUGCCUCAGUUUAGCACGUCCAACUGUCACUUUAAAGCCACACAAAUGUUUACCAAGCAGCCGAGUUGCCUUUUUAAGAUUUUAAAUAUUUCUAGAAAAAUAUUUUUAACUUCUAACUGCUGCUCACGUGAAGUUGCUGCUAAAGAAAAAACACAUUUCAAUACUGUAUGUAUCAGAAGAUGAACAUUUCAUUCUUGACUGUUACUAAUGUUCUGCUAAUUUGUAAUAAACAUUUAAAACCACAUUGUCAUUUUGCAAUAAACCACAGCAGUUACAAAAAAAAAAAAAGAUGAACCAAAAAUGCAGUAUAAUAUUUAUGGAUCAACUUGCGUGUUAAAAAGAGAAUAGCUGCGUUACUGUUUUUAACUGUUGGUUGUCUGUGUAAUUAACCCAUUUCCCCCCCCUAAAUUAAGUUCCCCCUCAAAACGUCUAUCGACAAAAAAAAAAAAAAAAAAAAUGCCCAUAAACUGCUGGCCAAAACUAUUGGCACCCCUGUAUUCUGUCAGACAAUGCUCAAUUUCUCCCAGAAAAUGAUUGCAAAUACAAAUGCUUUGGUAGUAAUAUCUUCCUUUAUCUUGCUUGCAAUGAAAAGACAAAAAAAGAGAAUGGGGAAAAAAUGAAAUCAUCAUUUUACACAAAACUUUGAAAAAUGGGCCGGACAAAAGUAUUGGCACCCUUUGAAAAAUCAUGUUUAUCAUCUUUUCUAAUUUGUGUAAUUAACAGCACUUGUUACCUGUGGCACAUAACAGGUUAUGGCAAUAACUAAAUCAUACUUGCAGCCAGUUAAAAUAGAUUAAAGUGGACUCAACCUCUCUCCUGUGUCUUUGUGUGUACAA